ACGAAGACGGCUGGAGAAGGAAGGCGCUGUGAAUGAAUGAUAGCUUCCCACAGCCUGCCAUACGAAGCUUCGGAGGAGACGCUGACUGGUGGAUAUCUAUCACCCUGGAUGGAGAUGUCUCUCGUCGCAGACCCCAUCUUCUAGGUCCUCUAACCGGCAUGGCAGACACUUUUCCAGCAGAUGAGUCGAAGCUCGUUUCUAUCUUUGUCCAGACACUUCUGUAUGGGGUCUUCUCUGUGCUGUUUGUCAUCUCGAUAUGGGUACUUCGACGGAAGAUGGCCGCAAAAAGCGGAAUGAGCACGGUUAUGUUCUGGACAGCAAUCACCAUGUGGGUGCUCGCUACGAUGCACAUUGGGGUGAAUUUCACUCGAAUCAUCAAAGCGUUCGUCAUAUUCAAGGAUGAACCUGGCGGGCCUGCCGCGUACUUCAAUCAACUGUCUAACUUCACCAACAUCUUUGGGAGCACGAUCUAUGUUGCACAGACGUUGAUCGGAGACGGAUUUGUUUUGUAUCGAUCCGCCGUGGUAUGGAACCGCAAGCUCUGGAUUAUAGCAUUCCCUUGCUUACUCCUUCUUGGAAGCACAGUGUGUGGGAUCGGCAUACUGUACUCUUUUGCGAAGAUUACAACCCAUGCCGAAAUCUUCGCAGCGGAAUUGAAACAGUGGAUUACAUCUUUCUUUACAUUAACACUCUCUACUAACGUCAUCUGCACCGGUCUCCUUGCAUUCAAAAUUUGGCGUGUUAACAAAUUGUCAACGAGGGUUGGUGCAACGAACCUGAUGCCUGUUCUUCUUGUAGUCGUUGAGUCCGGAGCAAUAUAUUCGGCCACUCUCAUCACGCUUUUGGCUACCUACCUUGCAGGUUCUUGGGCACAGUACCUUCUACUUGACGCUGUUUCGCCAAUGGUUGGUAUUGUCUUCAGCCUUGUCAUCGUUCGACUUGGUCUCGGACUCUCCUCACCGAAUGGUGCAACGCACACCCUGCGCGAUGUCGGGCGUAACACCUUCUCUUCAGGCAUAUGGGCGGCGGAAGAUAAACCUGCGGUAGAAGAUGUCGUGCUUCCUACAGGUUCUGGCGUGCAACGAGUUCUCAAGAUUGGACAGCGUCCUAUGGGUGACAUCAAUACUACAACGACAUCGUUAUCAGCUACCGACGAUGCCAGUCAGUAUGAGAGUGUCCCAAGAAAAUGGGUGCCGCCAGUGUAGAACUAGAUCAGAUAAACGAAACCUCGAUCUGCUGUACUUCUUCAUGUGCUUUUAAUCGCUAUCUUAUUUUGAGUCGCUGUCAGUUGUGCAUGACUUUGGAUUAUGGUGUUAUAAUGAUGUACGAAUUUACCACAAAAUGUCUGUACAGCAGUAGUUCCAUCCUCUGUCGAAAAGAAUAAAUAUCGAUAAAUACUGAUGCAUUGGAGGUCAUGAAAGUGUCAUGUUAAGCGGUG